CAGACUCUUCCUUUUAUCACCUCCCUUCCUUCUAAAUACCCCGACAGUCCCACCCCACUAAUCGCCGCCUUACUUUCGCGCGCUUACUCCUGCUUCAUCCCCGAUAUAGGUUUUAGGAAAGUCUUCUUCAAGACUACAACAUGGCCGAUGAGAACUACGAGGACGACAUCUUCGACGAUCUCUACGAUGAUGAGCCCGCACAGAAGCCUGCGGCUGCCGCACCCGCACCAGCCCCCAAGACCGAACCUGAGCCUACUCCAGCCGAGCCCGUAAGCGCGCCUCCUCAGGAUACUGCACAAAACAACGGUCAAGAUAGCGCGCCCUCUUGGCCGGCCCAAGGCGCGGGAGACGGCGAUUCGCAUAUGGACCAAUCCGGUUACAACGCUGGCGGCGAGCAGUCGUACGACAAUGCGCCCAUGGACGAUGACAACUAUGGGCCAAUCAACGUGAAAGAAGACGGUAAAAUGUUCAUUGGCGGUUUGAACUGGGAGACAACAGAAGAUUCACUCAAGGGUUACUUCUCACAAUUCGGCGAAGUCAGUGAAUGCACCGUAAUGCGCGAUGCUGCCACCGGACGCUCGAGAGGGUUCGGCUUCCUCACGUUCAAGGACCCCAAGUGCGUUAACAUCGUCAUGGUAAAGGAGCAUUACCUCGACGGCAAAAUUAUUGAUCCCAAGCGUGCUAUCCCACGUGAAGAGCAAGAACGCACCAGCAAGAUUUUCGUCGGUGGUGUGAGCCAAGAAGCGACAGAGGAAGACUUUACCAACUUCUUCAAGCAAUUCGGCCGCGUUGUCGAUGCUACACUCAUGAUGGACAAGGAGACUGGUCGACCCCGUGGUUUCGGUUUCGUUACCUUCGACGGCGACGCAGCCGUAGACGCCACCCUACGUGGACCUCUCCAGAUUCUCGGCAAGCAGAUUGAGGUCAAGCGCGCCCAGCCCCGUGGCAACAUGCGCGACGAUGAUGGCGGCGAUGGCAACAAAAAGUUUGGUCGCAACAACAAGUUUAACAAGUUCAACGAUGGCGGUAACGGUAAUCAAGGUGGUGGCAACAACUACGACAAUGGCGGCGGAAACAUGCAAGGCCAAGGCGGUAACAGCGCCAUGUCUCCUGCUAUGAUGGCUCAAUACUGGCAGCGAAUGCAACAGUACUUCCAGUCCAUGCAGCAAACUCUCGCCCAGCAGCAAGCCGGCGGUGGUAUGCCCGGUAACCCCAUGGCUGCAAUGGGCGGCAUGAACCCUAUGCAAAUGCAGCAGAUGCAACAGCAAAUGAUGAACCAAGGUAUGAACCGCGGCAACGGCUCCCCGAACCCUCAAAUGAUGGGUGGCCCAGGUGGUAUGAACCCGAUGCAGAUGCAGCAAAUGCAGCAGAUGCAAAUGGCACAGAUGCAAGGUGGAGGAGGCCCAGGAGGUCAAGGUGGUCCGGGUAUGAUGAAUCCUCAAGGUGGCCAGAGUGCCGGUGCACGCCCAGCUUACACCGCUCAAGAUCAACUCGCUUUCGAACAGCAGAAAUACGAACAACAACAGGCUCGCCGCCAGCAGCAACUCUCCGGCCCCGCCGGCUUCGGUAACCCCCAGGGUGGCCCUCAGAGCUGGGACGGCAUGUACGAGGACGCGCCUCAGCCGAACAUUCCCUCCGGUCCUGGUGGUGGCCGCGGCGGCUUCCGGAACAACCGCUCUCGCCAGGGCUCUAGCCAGCCCCCUGCUGGUGGUGGUCAGGCUCCCAUCAACGCCCCUACUGGCCCCAAGAACGCUGGUGUUAGAGGUGCGAACUACCGUGGUGGAGGUCACCGCGGUGGUGGUGGUUUCAGACAUCAGCCCUACGGCGGCCGUGGCGGUUAGACGUGGGUUCAAGAAUAUUCCGGAGAAGACGCCCGAAAGAUGUGUCCGAAUCAAAAUGGAGAACAGUUUACUCUUCCGAGUGGAGUCGGGUUUGUACAUGGUGGACUAAUGGGAGUUCGUGAUAUGCAUGGCCGAGACCUUGAUUUUGAACUUCCUUUUCUUCCUCUUUGGGAUGGGAUGGGAAAGUAAUGACAUGGUAUUCGGACAUGCCGCAUGGAUUGGUUGGAGGCGGUCUUCUUUCUGUAUACUAGCAUUUUCAAAAACAAAAAAGUCCAUUUCGGCGUUCUUGGCCUUUCCG